GUUUACUUGGGGCUUUGGCGCCAAGAAGGAAGUAUUUGGUGUUAUUAAAGAUAUUUCACUAUAAAUACAGAUUUAUGUAGCAUAACAGAAUGACAUUGGCAUCACUGAAUUGUGUAUAUCCGAUACAUCAUCAAUAUUUAUUAUCAUUUAAAGACUGAAAGUGAAUCUUAUACAGAAUAGAUAUAACUUUCCUUAUAGAAAUCUGUGGCAAAUUACUGGCAAAUAUUUUUUGUUUAACUGAGAUUCAAAACAAUAAUUCUUUUCUUGACUGUCUGGAAUAUGCACAAGAUUAUUUUGCAUCUGAAUUAAACUUGGAUGGAUUUAUAAAGGAGUUUGUAACCCAUCUCAUAUAUCAACAAGGAUCACAAUAGUAUAAAUAUAUAUUAGCAAGAAAAUAUAUUAUUGAAAAGAUAAACAUCUUGAAAUUGUGGUGAGGAAAGAACAAUGAUGGAAAAUGAAUUAUGUGAAGAUAAGUUUAAGUCUAAGUCACAGAUUGAAAGUAUUGAUUUCCCUAGUGACAUGAAUAAAGAGAAAGGAAAAACAUUACUCCACUGUAAUAUUUGUGGGAAAUCAUUCUCUAAAAAUUGUAACUUAACUAGGCACAGACAUAUUCACUCAGGAGAGAAACCAUAUCACUGUGAGAUCUGCACUAAAUCAUUCUCUGUAAGAGGUGCCUUAAAUCAGCACAAACGUAUUCACACAGGAGAUAAACCAUAUUUUUGUGAUAUCUGUGGUAAAUCUUUUUCUCGAAAUAUUCGUUUAACUCAGCACAAACGAAUUCACACAGGAGAAAAGCCAUAUUCCUGUGAUAUCUGUGGUAAGUCAUUUCCUCUAAAAGAACAUGUGACUAAUCAUAUACGUACUCACACAGGAGAGAAGCCAUAUCAUUGUGAUAUCUGUGAGAAAUCAUUCUCUCAACGUGGCGAUUUAACCAGACACAAACUUAUUCACACAGGAGAAAAACCACAUCACUGUGAAAUCUGUGGUAAAUCAUUCUCUCGAAAUUCUCACUUAACUCAACACAAACGUGUUCAUACAGGAGAGAAGCCAUAUCAAUGUGAUAUCUGUGGUAAGUCAUUCUCUCAUGGAAAUAAUGUAGGUGUACACAAGCGUAUUCAUACAGGAGAAAAACCGUAUCAUUGCAAUAUCUGUGGCAAAUCCUUCUCUCAGAAUGGGGAAUUGACUUCUCACAAACGUAUUCAUGAAGGGGAGAGACCACAUCACUGUGAUGCCUGUGGUAAUUCGUUCUCUCAAAGAAGCCAAUUAACUACACACAAAUGUUUUCAUAGAAGAGAGAAACCAUAUCAGUGUGAUAUCUGUGGCAAAUCAUUCACUCGAAAUGGACACUUAACAAGACACAAGCGAAGUCACACAGGAGAGAAACCUUAUCACUGUGAUAUCUGUGACAAAUCAUUCUCUGCAAGAGGUAACUUAACUAAACACAAUCGUAUUCACACAAGAAAGUAACCAUGCUGAUGUGAUAUCUGCAGUAAGUCAUCUUCUCAUGGAACUAACAUAGCUGUAUACAAGCAUAUUCCUGCAGGAGAAAACCGUAUUAUUGCGAUAUCUAUGGUAAAUCAUCCUCUCAAAAUAGUGAUUUGAUUUCUCACAAACAUAUUCACUCAGGCAAGAAACCAUAUCACUGUAAUAACUGCAGUAAAUCAUCCUCUGAAAGAAGUUUCCCAGCUAAACACAAACAUAUUUAUAAAGGAGAGUGUUGAAGGCCAUGCUUCCUUUCACAAUUCUUUGAUGAAUUUCAGCGUCUAACAAUGAUAUACAAAACUCUUCAUGACUUCUAGCCAUGUUCCACUUACACUGAUGGUAGGCUUAGCGUAAGCUUCUCAAGGUGCUGGUGUGAACAUCACUUAAGUCUUUGUUAGACUAAUAGUGAGUCCAAACACAUUACAAUAUCUAGAAAAGAAAAAUUGUCCAUUGACAGUUGCAAAUCUUCUUUGGAAUGAGCCAUCAAGUCGACAUCACCAUAUUGGAAUUCAUGCAAAAUCUCCCCAAAGAGCUUAGAUUCGAAUCUCAGUCAACUCUUAGAAUCUUAGAUGGAUACCAAUGGUACAUUGUUAAAAAGCAUAAGCAAUAUCAAGAACAAAAUAGAUGGAGAAAAGAGUAGGAGCAAGUAUGUCUCCUUGCUUCACAUUGUUAUCAAUUGAGUCUGGAUCUGAUUGGGUAACAUAAACCUUUAGCACACUGAUUUGCCCCUAGAAUAGUUUCCCUUGUCACUGCCUUAUUUUUGAGGGAACUAAAGACAUGAGCAACUACUGUUUUAAAAUUGUUAUAACAAUUGUAUAACAUAUUGUGUGUACAGGCUUGAUUUUUUUGUAUACUAAUAAAAGAAUGGAUGAAUAUUUUUAUGUAAAGCAUGAAAGAAUAGACAAAAGAGUUGGCCCUCAGAAAUGUACCUCCUUUGGGUCAGUACUUUCUUUAAAUCAGCCAGCCAUGGAUGAUAGUAUCCACCCAGUACAUUGUUUUCUAUAUAACUGUUAGCAUAGUCUGUGUCUUCAUCAUCACCUUGAAUAAAUCCUUUAAAAUCA